AUGAAACUCGAUCUUCGCCUGCUGUUGGCGGCUAGUCUGGCCCCCAUCGUGGGUGGCUCCUCGUCUGGCCCCAUCGUCGACCUCGAUUAUUCGUCUUAUCAGGGAUAUUAUGAGGCCACCACCGGCUUGAAUGUCUGGAAGGGCAUUCGAUAUGCAUCGCCUCCUGUCGGCCACCUGCGAUGGCAACCUCCGGCGCCUCCAGCCAAGAAUACCAGCCAGAUCAUCCCUGCCGUCGACCAGCCCCCCCUGUGUCCCCAAUCGGGCGCUGCAGGUACCCCUGCCAUCUACGGAUUCAACUCUGGCCCUGGUGACGAGGACUGUCUAUUCCUCAAUGUCUAUGCGCCCCCUGGUGCCUCCGAUCUCCCCGUGUUCGUUUGGAUCCACGGUGGCGGCUAUGGGCUGUUUGGCGCUGUGUAUGAUCCCAGCCCGCUCAUGAACACCAACAACAACGGAUUCAUCACGGUGGAGAUUCAGUACCGUCUGGGCGCAUUUGGGUUUCUGUCGUCGGCUGAGGUUCACAAACAUGGUACCCCUAAUGCCGGUCUCCUCGACCAGAGAUUCGCCCUAGAAUGGGUGCAGCAGCACAUCGGCAAGUUUGGCGGCGAUCCCAAACGAGUCACCAUCGGCGGCGAAUCGGCUGGGGCAGGUGCGAUCAUCGCAGCGAGCCCGUACUCACCCCCCAUCUAUCCCUAUGACGGUGCCAUUCCCACCGCGUACUACGAGCAGUUUGCAGAACAGGCCGGCUGUGGCCCAUUGACUUCUACCAGAGCCCAGCAUAAGACUACUUUUGACUGUCUGGUUGCCGCGCCAAGUGAGACGCUGCAAAAUGCCAGCGGAAUGGUCUCCGAGUCCGGACUCUUUGGCACCUUUGCCUUUUUACCGGUUGUGGACGGGGAUAUGAUCCGUGAGCGACCAUCGGUGCAGUUACUGACCGGCCAAGUCAGCGGUCGGCGCAUUCUCGUCGGGAAUAACGCCAACGACGGUGUCCCUCUCAGCAACCCCAACGUAGUCACUCGUGCUGCGUUCAACGACCACAUCUCCAAAACAUUCCCCGGACUGACUAGAAGGGACCUCACGCGGCUGAACCUUCUCUAUGGUACGGCAGACUCGCAGCCAAACGACGACGGUCCUCGAUUUGAUACCCUGGGCACCACCGGUCCGACUGCGAACAACCAGUCCGAGAUGGCUACGGGCUUACAGCAGACGGUCUUCAAUAUCUACGGCGAAACCACCUUUGACUGUCCGGCGCAGUGGCUGGCCGAGGCCUUUGGCGGCGCUUCUCGACAGGCGUGGAAGUACCAGUACUCCGUGACGCCGGCGUACCACGGUGCCGAUCUGAGCUCCUACUUCAACCUGGGGUCCUCCUGGCCCAGUGCCGGAUUCAACCAUGCUUUUCAGAAGCUGUGGGGCAACUUCAUCAUGAACAAUAGCCCGGUCAUUCCUCUCGGCGAUGCGACCGCCAACAACAGCCAAGCCGUGGUUCCCGUCGGACGAGAUGGUCAUCUGAACUGGCCACAAUUCCGUCCGACCUCUCCCUGGCAGAUGGAUCUGAAUACCACUGGAGGUACCGUCAGUCAGGUUGUGGUCACGCCAAACCUGACCUACUACGUUCGGGAGGGGGACGAUGUCGUCAAUCACUUCCGUUUGGCCAACGCGUACACCUGGGAAGGGGGACGCGGACUGCGCUGCGCGUUCUGGCGGGCUGUUGCAACUCGGAUUCCUCUAUGA